CCCCAGUCAUGUGAUUCCCAAAAAUGGGUCACUCAACUCACCUAUGUCACUCAAACUUGAAAGCCCAAACAACUCCAACACCUCCAACCAAAAAGAAAAACAUAAGCCAAAACCAAAACGAAAGCCAACCACUACCAUGGCCCCCAAAACCCUCAACUUCAUAACCGGAAACAAAAACAAGCUCACAGAAGUAAAAGCCAUCCUAGGAUCAAUAGUAGACCUCCAAAGCCAAGCCCUCGACCUCAUCGAAAUCCAAGGGACAAUCGAAGAGAUCUCGCUCGAUAAAUGUCGUCGAGCCGCUGAGGCGGUACGUAUUCACUAACCCAACUCAUCCAUUCUCAAAAAUUGAAGGGGAACUGAAAACUGAUAAUUAAUACAGAUCAAAGGACCAGUCCUGGUGGAAGAUACCUGUCUCUGCUUCAACGCAUUAAACGAAUUACCGGGUCCUUAUAUGUACGUAACACACUUUUCUGAAGCAAAAAAUUAAAGAGAAGGAAAGCUGAUUAGAAUGUCAAAUAGAAAAUGGUUCCUCCAAUCCCUCGGGCACGACGGACUAAACGCCAUGCUCGCUGGCUUCCCUGAUAAAUCUGCACAAGCAGUCUGCACAUUUGCCUACAGCGAAGGUCCAGGUCACGAACCAAUCAUUUUCCAAGGUCGCACUGAUGUAAAACUCCCUUCUAUUCCCAACUUCCCAACUUCCCAAACCUUAUUUUCGGUUUCUGACUUGAUUAUAUAGGGCAAGAUAGUACCAGCAAGAGGUCCUGCGAAUUUCGGUACCUAUGCUUAAGCUCCUUCUCCUUUUUUGAACUCCAACUCCUGUCCACAAUAGCUAACUCCGCACAAGGUUGGGACCCCAUCUUCGAGUAUGAAAGUCAAACGUAAGAUGUCCCUCCUACCCAUCCCUAAUGAAGAAGAACGCCAUCUAACGCCAUACUGCAGCUACGCCGAAAUGGACAAAGUCGCAAAGAACAAAAUCUCGCACCGCUUCCGCGCCCUGGAAAAGCUAAAGGCAUGGCUAGAAGAAAGCUCAUAAACCCCCUCCCCUCCCAUAGAAAGAAAAAACUAGAUCAAAAAAACCAACUUCCAAGCAUUUUUCGCAUUAUGAUUUGUCUUUCC